UGGCUCAGUAGAAACGAAUCUGACUGGUAUCAAUGAGGACGCAAUAUUGAUCCCUGGCCUCCCUCGUUAAGGGAUUGGGCAUUGUGGUGAGCUGUGGUGUAGGUCUCAGAUGAGGCUUGGAUCCUGUGUUGCUGUGGCUGUGGUGUAGGCUGGCAGCUGAAGCUUGAACUCCACCUCUAGCCUGGUUACCUCCAUAUACCUCGGGUGCACCCCUCCCCCCAAAAAAGAGACAGAAAAAGAAAAGAAGUGAUGUAGAAUAGAAAAAAAAAAAAGAAUGAAAUAGUGUUUCUGGAUGCUUGCUUCCUCAUAUACACACACAUGAGUGUGUAUUAUUAGGAAGUGUUGUACAGUGUGUUUCUGCGUGUCACAGAGAGGUACACAACACAUCUGUUUCCUGUGUUCUCCUGUUUGCACUCUUGCCUUCCUCAGCCUGCAUUUUCAGUCAUUUGAAAUUGUUCACGAGAAUGCAGUUUAUAGUACUAGGAAUAUACAGAAAAGAACAGAGUGGGGGGUUCCCAUCGUGGCACAGCGGAAAUGAAUCUGACUAGAAACCAUGAGGUUUAGGGUUUGAUCCCUGGCCUUGCUCAGUGGGUUAAGGAUUCAGUGUUGCCAUGAGCUGUGGUGUAGGUGGCAGACCUGACUCAGAUCUGGCACAUUGCUGUGGCUCUGGUGUAGGCCGACAGCAACAGCUCCGAUUAGACCCCUAGCCUGGGAACCUCCGUAUGCCUCUGGAGUGGGUCUCUUUUUCUCAGGAAGGUUGUUACUACACCAGAAGAAGGACAGUUCACUCUUCACUUAUGGGAGUAAGAACAAGAAGCAUUUUGUUGGGGUAGGAAGUAGGUUGGAUUACGUAGGAAGGACAGAAAGGGAGAUGGGGUUAAGCUGUGUUUAGUAGACUGCCUGAUGGAAGUAAGCUUUGUAGGUUUGGAUUCUGGGAGCUGUUUGGGGUAGGAGCAAGCAGUUUUGGUGAAAAGGCAUCUGUUCUUUUUGUGUUUUGUUUUUUUCCCCCCCUUGUUUGGAAUCGUCCAUUUUGUCCUUAGUGCUUCUUGGAUGUAUCUGUCCUAUGAAACUUUUUAUGUGGUGUGUUGGUUUUAUGGUUGUAAAGCUGGUGUGAUCCGUUGCUAGGUAGCACUAGUAAUGGCUAUCUGGAGUGGAAAUGGAGUCUGUAGUUACCUGGUUUGGGGAGCUCUAAGGAUCACUAGAAGGCAUUUCUCAUGUAUUGUUACUUAAAAAAUAUUAACAGCUAGACAUGUCAGCAUGUGGUGCACUCUGGAUCUCUUUCUGCCUGUGCCCAAUGAGGGUCAUAUUAACAUAUUAACAGGAGGAGUUCCCGUGGUGGCUCAGUGGAAAUGACUCUGACUAGUAUCCAUGAGGAUGUGGGUUCGAUCCCUGUCCUUGCUCAGUGGGUUAAGGAUCCUAUGUUGCUGUGGCUAUGGCGUAGGCUGGCAGUUGCAGCUCUGAUUCGACCACCUAGCCUGGGAACCUCCAUAUGCCAAGUGAAUGUAUGGCCAUAAAAAGACCAAAAACAAAAACAUAUUAACAGGAAGAAGAAACAUUUCAGAAAACCUGAAAUGAGAAAUAAGUGCAUGGUGGAAUCCAUGAAGGAACCAUGGUCAAAAUGUUUUCCUCUUGCUUCUGAUGAAUAGGGUAAAAACCUCCCCAAGAGUCUUCCCCACCCCCCAGGUGGGGGACUGUUGGGCACUUUUGAACUUAAUUAUUUAUAUUCUCCUCAGCAUCUAGAAUCUUACAUGAUGCAAGAAUCCUUUGAAGCAUGUCUUGCCCUACUCCUGUCUUGGGGGGGUUUUGACAUCUGGACCCAUAUAAGAUAGAUUUUCCUGUUGUUUUUGUUACUUGGAUAGCUCAUAUGGCCAUGCAGAGGCUUGGGAAGGUCUCAAAAAUCAGGUUACAAUUGAUCUUUCCUUUUCAGAGGCUGAUGGUUUGUUCUGGGUUGUUGCUCACCCUGGUGUGAUCUUUGCAUAUGUAUUAACUGUGACAACCAGCUUGUAAGAGAGGACCCUGAUCAGAUCCCAGAAAUGUUGCUUUAGGUCAGGUAAUAUGCUCUCUUAUUAAGAAAGGUGUCAGGCAAUUUAUUAUUCACCAGUGAAACAACUUGGAGUGGGAAAGCCUCCUUGUCAAAAACUUAAAAAAAUUCAUCUUUGUCAUUAGAAAAGAGGGAGCACUUUUCCAUGUCUACUUUAAACUGAAAAACACUCUCAGGACUGAGUGAUCUUUUUUUUUUUUUUUUUUCCUUUUUAUGGCUGCACCUGCCGCAGAUGGAAGUUCCCAGGCUAGGAGUCGAAUCAGGGUUGCAGCACCACAGCUCACAGCAAUGCCAGAUCCUUAACCCACUGAACAGAGCCAGGGAUUGAACCCACAUCCUCAUGGACACUGUGUCGAGUUCCUAACUCGCUGAGCUGCAAUGGGAACUCCCAGGACUGAGUGAUCUUAAAGAGACACCCAUAGUGCUGCCCUGAGGAUCAGGGGGUGAAGCCCUUCUCCCUGGUCAGGAUCUGGAGAACAGACUGCUUGUGCUACAGACCUGCGUCCUACUGGUUAAUUUCAUUCCCCCACUUGAGAAUGAUCCCUUUUGUGAGUGAAGCUAAAACACUUCAUUUCCACGCCUCUUUGCUCUUCCCAAUGACUCCUGCUUGACAGAGUCACUGAGGUCUGGAGAAUUGGAUUCCAGUGUCACAGACUUAGCAGGAGAGGAGGGGAGGGAGGGGUGGAGGAGAUACACUUUCUUUGGGCUUUUCAUCCAUUCCCCCCCCACCCUCCAAGCCCACCUGACAGCUCCAUAAACCUGGCUCUUUGCCUGACUUGGUAGAGGUACUGAUAGGAAAGAAAUAGGUAUGAGAUUAAGUAGAACUUAACUUUGCCUUGUGCGAUUUUCCUGAGUUUGACCCUGCCAAGAAUGUUACAAACUUUUCCUGGGAGCUAUAGGUGUUUGCACACCUGUGAGGUGGGGAUGGCUGGAGGAGCACAGCUAAAAUAGAUAAAAUCUACACAUUGAAAAACCAACUUGAAUAAUUGAGAACUGUCAGAUAUGUUUAGGAACCAUGAUUUUAAAUACUUCCGUAACAAGGUUGAGCAAACAAAUACACAGUAAAGAAAUAGAUACAUGUAGAUAAACUGAGAGAAGAGCCCUGGAAAUGUUUUUUUCUUUGUGAAUCAAAUUGAGAACUGGGGUCCUUACUGGUUGCCAUGGUAGGAACAAGCCCAUCAUGCUUUUGAGGGAUGCUUCGCUUAUUGAUAGUAAUACUGUGAAAACUCACACCUUUGCAGGUGUAUCAGUGUCAGCUUCAGCGUUGGUCCCAGGCUAUGCUGGGUAUAGUACAGACAUCUGUUGAAAAGACAGCUUCUUUAACUCCUGCAUUUUAAAAGAUUAUGUGACAGCUUUGAUGGAAGAGAAAGAGUACUUGCAUUGUGUGGGGUGUGUUUAUUCCUGUGAGGUUCAUUAGUGGUUAAAGCAGCAUCUGAGCCCUGUAGGUAAUGUGUAGGGCGUGAGAUACAGCCUCCUACCCUUCUAACCUUCCUGGGACAAGUCUACAAGGUGCUUAGCAAAAUGACACUUACUCUGCUGAACCUGUACAACUGUUCAAGAUCCUUAUUGGAAUCAAGCCUGCCGGAAAGGGGUUUACCAUCUCGGGAUUGCAUGGCUUUCUGUACCGGGCUCCGGGGCCCCUUCGCCCAAGUGAGCAGAGCCCUCAGCCAGCGCUGUUUCAGCACCACUGGGAGCCUCAGUGCGAUUCAGAAGAUGACUCGGGUGCGCGUGGUGGACAACAGUGCCCUCGGGACCACCCCCUACCAUCGCCCCCCUCGCUGCAUCCACGUCUAUAACAAGACCGGGGUGGGCAAGGUGGGCGACCGGAUCCUGCUGGCCAUCAGGGGGCAGAAGAAAAAGGCGCUCAUCGUGGGGCAUCGCAUGCCUGGUCCCCGCAUGACCCCCAGGUUCGACUCCAACAACGUGGUCCUCCUCGAGGACAACGGGAACCCUGUGGGGACCCGAAUCAAGACACCCAUCCCCAGCAGCCUGCGCCAGAGGGAAGGCGAGUUUUCCAAGGUGCUGGCCAUUGCUCAGAACUUUGUGUGAGCAGAGCCAGGGUGCCAGCCAGGGGCUCGUGGAUGGAGCCAUUCUGAGAACUGUGCCUCUGCUGAGAGGGAGCCCUGGGAACAGUGUCCUGUGGGGGAAUAAACAUUUUCUUGUACGUUUGA